CUCAUGUCCUUCGUGGUUUCCGUAGUGCGCGUGCUGCAGUGACAUUCCGCCGCAACAUGGCGGCUUCCAGUUUAUUCUCCUCUCUCAGAGCUCACAUCUCUAAGGUGAGGUUAGUGGGGUGUGUGGUGUGUGUGGAGUGUGUACACACGGGGCGUUCGAUGUUCUCAGCUGAUAAAGCUCUGCUGGUGAAACUCCGCAAGACCACGGGCUACACCUUCAUCAACUGUAAGAAAGCUCUGGAGAGGUUCAACAAUGACAUCACACAGGCAGAACACUGGCUCCAUGAUCAGGCUCAGAAGGAAGGCUGGAGUAAAGCGAGUAAACUGGAGAACCGCAGAACCUCUGAGGGUCUAAUCGCUCUGCUGAAGAAGGAGAACGCAGCUGUUAUGGUGGAGGUGAACUGUGAGACUGAUUUUGUGGCGAGGAAUGAGACGUUUCAGCAGCUGGUGCAGGACGUCGCCUUCGCUACGAUGGAACAUCAUCAGAGCAGAGCGCAGAGUGGAUAUGUGAAGAGUGUGAUGUCUGCUGAGGAUGUCUGUAAUCUCGCUGUGCCUGAGGGUUCCUCUGUUGCAGACCAGCUGGCCCUCGCUAUAGGGCGUCUGGGUGAGAACAUUUCAGUGAGACGGGCGGUGUCGGUAGGCGUGCCGGCUGACUGGCGUGUGGGGUCGUAUGUACACGGGGCGGUGUUGGGGCAGAGUGGCAUGCCCAUGGGGCGUUACGGCGCUCUGGUGGUGUUCCAGGGUGGGCCUGAGGGGCAGGAGGAGGUGCUGGGUAAAAAACUGGGCCAGCACAUCGUGGGGGAGGCGCCUCUGAGCCUGGGGGAUGUAGGGGACUUAUCGUGUGGAGAAUCAGAGACACGCCUUUUACCUCAGAGCUUCCUGUUAGAACCCCAGUACACAGUGGGACAGUACCUCGCUCUGCAGAACGCACGGGUUCUCGACUUCAUACGCUUUAAAUGUGGAGAGGAGACGCAGUAACACCACGCCACAACGUAUAGCAGAUAGGAUACAGGAUUUUAAUUACUUUUUUCAUCCUCAAUAAACACCAACAGUUAAUAAUAAUAAUAAUAAUAAUAGAGGGUGUGAAAUUUACCAACAUGAAUUGUGUUUUAUACCAAAUUACUACAAGAAAGUCUAAACACACACACACACACACACACACACACACACACACACACUGUUCAUGGUCAUGAAAUAUUUCCUGUAUUUUGUGUCAGUGUUGUAAAUCUGUGCAUUGAAAAUAAAACAUUUGUGUCAUA